UGAACCUUCCCCAAAACUCAACCAAAACUCCCCCUGUGAGCUCAGAGCCGGCCCCGUUCUUCUGUGCUCCCCCAACCCCCCCGCAUGGAGUAACUUGGAGUCGAAUCUGGCUCCCGGGGUCUGACGAAGCAGAGAGGAACCGUCCCCUGGUUCAAUGUCCUGGUUCAAUGAGCCCCCCCAAGGCCAAAUGACGGAUGGACUGAAUUGGGGUGGGGGGAGGCAGGGGGCUGUGUCUCCCCUGUUUAACUCCUGUCUCUUGUUCAAAGCAGGGCGUGAAUUUCGCAAACCCACCAUCUGGGUGAGCCCCAGCAGGGUGGUGGCGCUCGGGGGAAACGUCACCAUCCGCUGUGAGGGUCGGUACCGAUCCAUGGAGUUCUUUCUGCGUAAAGCUGGACACCCGAACCCGCAGGCGCAGUCGGUGCCUGAUGGGACCAUGGCUGAAUUUCCCAUCGCCAGUGUCAGCCGGGAAGAUGGAGGGAGCUACACCUGCGACUAUCGCUCCAUAACGGAUCAAAAUCGCACAUCGCAUCCCAGCGACCCCGUCAGGAUCAUUGUAGUAGAGCCCAGCUACCCCAAACCCAACAUCUCCCUGAGCCCCAGCGGGGGGGUCUCCCUGGGGGGAGCCGUGAGCGUCUGGUGUCGGGGGCAGCAUCAGGGCGUGCGGUUCGUGCUGAAUAAAGAGGGACACCAUUUCCCACCUGUGGAUACGGACGAGUUUGAGGUUGUGUUUCCCAUCAGCAACGUGAGCCGGGAGGACGGCGGGAGCUACAGCUGCUACUAUCACAGCAGAUCGGAGCCGUUCGCCGUGUCGUACCCCAGCGACCCCGUGGAGCUGGUGGUGAGAGAUCCCAACUUACCCAGACCCUCCAUCUCUCUGAGCCCCACUGGGGUCACCGCCCCAGGGGCAGACGCCACCAUCCGGUGUCAGGGGCAGCGCCGGGACGUGAGGUUCUUCCUGCACAAGGCUGGAGACCUGAACCCGCCGCGACACAUGGACCCUGCUGGGGAUGGGGCCGAGUUCCACAUCCCCACCGUGGGCUGGCAGCACGGAGGGAGCUACAGCUGCAGCUACCGGAACCGAUCAGAGCCCUUCAUCUCCUCAGAGCCCAGUGACCCCGUGCAGCUGGUGGUAGCAGGUGGACCUGUACCAAGCGCAGCACCGGUUCUGACCUGCAGCAUCAUCGCCGGGGUGAGCGCGGCGGCUGUCGGCCUCCUCCUCCUCCUCCUCCUUCUCCUGGCCUUUGUCUGCUACAGAAGAACCCGAGGAAGGAAAGGACCAGCCCCGAGACAGAGCAGGGAGUCCGAGGCUGCAGCCACAGUCUACGCCCUUGUGGCUGAAGGGAAGCAGAUGGAUGUCCUGUCCCAGGAGACCGACCCUGGCGCCGAGGGACUCACCUACGCCGAGCUGGAUGGCCAGGUGCUGCAGGCCAAGCGGGGGGGCCCGGCCCCUGCCCCCGAGCCCGUCCUGUAUGCCACCAUCAACGUGAGCAAGGGCCUGACGGGUACACCCCCCAGGGUGCAGAAGCGCCCCCCACCCACCCCCAUGGCCACCCAAUUGGACCCGCCCGUCUGGUCGCACCCCAGCGACUCCGUGGAGCUGCUGGUAGCAGAGCCCAAACCCAGCAUCUCCCUGCACCCCAGUGGGAGAGCCGUGACCGUCCGGUGGCGUGAAUUUCUCAAACCCACCGUCUGGGUGAGCCCCAGCAGGGUGGUGGCGCUAGGGGGAAACGUCACCAUCCGCUGUGCGGGUCGGUACCCGGGCAUGGAGUUCUUUCUGCGUAAAGCUGGACACCCGAACCUGCAGGUGCGGACGGUGCCUGAUGGGACCGUGGCUGAAUUUCCCAUCGCCAAUGUCAGCCGGGAAGAUGGAGGGAGCUACACCUGCGACUAUCGCUCCAUAGCGGAACAGAAUCGCUGGUCGUAUCCCAGUGACUCUGUCGAAAUCAUUGUAGGAGAGCCCAAACCCAACAUCUCCCUGCACCCCAGUGGGAGAGCCGUGACCAUCCGGUGUGAGUGUCGGUGUCACGGAGCGAGGGUCCUUCUGAGUAAAAUUUUGCUGGAGAUUGCAGAGAAACCAUCUGAUGGGGCGGAAAGGUGCCGAGUGCAUCACGGGCUUCCUGGGGCUGCAGCCCCCAGCGCAGUUCUUCAUUCUGCUCGCACUUGGGCCUCAGGCUGGGUGGAGCUUGGCACUGGGGUGCUAGUGGCAGCCCUGAGGGGUCCCCACUGCCCCAUCAUGGCGUCUGCUCUCACCGUCCUCCUCCUCGGCUGCUUUCUGGCCGUGCACAGCUGGGUGUUGGGAGGGCGAGAAUAUCCCAAACCCCCGAUCUGGGUGAGCCCCAGCAGGGUGGUGGCGCUCGGGGGAAACGUCACCAUCCGCUGUGCGGGUUUGUACCCGGGCAUGGAGUUCUUUCUGCGUAAAGCUGGACACCCAAACCGGCAGGCGCAGACAGUGCCUGAUGGGACCGUGGCUGAAUUUCCCAUCGCCAGUGUCAGCCGGGAAGAUGGAGGGAGCUACACCUGCGACUAUCGCUCCAUAGCAGAACAGAAUCGCACAUUGCAUCCCAGUGACCCCGUCAGGAUCAUUGUAGGAGAGCCCAGCUACCCCAAACCCAGCAUCUACCUAAGACCCAGCGGGGGGGUCUCCCUGGGGGGAGCCGUGAGCGUCUGGUGUCGGGGGCAGCACCGGGGCAUGCGGUUCGUGCUGAAUAAAGAGCGACGCCAUUUCCCACCUGUGGAUUCGGACGAGUUUGAGGUUGUGUUUCCCAUCAGCAAUGUGAGCUGGGAGGAUGGCAGGAGCUACAGCUGCUCUUAUCACAGCAGAUUGGAGCCGUUCACCGUGUCGUACCCCAGCGACCCCGUGGAGCUGGUGGUGAGAGGUGAGGGGCCCAGCUCGGCGUCCCCGUUCCCAGCCCCACCCCCAGCCAGACCCUCACGGGGGCUCGGUGCCAAUGGGACGCUCAGAGCCAGGCUCUGCCCUGAGGGGCUCGGUGGAGCUGGACACCGGGGUGUUGGUGGCAGCGCUGAGGGGCCCCUCCCUGACCCCGUCAUGGCAUCUGCUCUCACCGUUCUCUUCCUUGGCUGCUGGCUGGCCGGGCGGAGCGGGGUGUCAGGAGAGGGGUCCCUCCCCAAACCCUCCAUCUCCGUCAGCCCCGGUGGGGUGAUCCCCAUGGGGGGAAACGUCACCAUCCGGUGUCGGAAUCAGCGCCUGGGCAUGAGGUUCCUCUUCUACAAGGAUGGAGAUGAGAACUAUCUGAAUUACACAGACCCUGCUGGCUCUGAGGCUGAAUUUCCCAUCACCAGUGCCAGACGGGAACACGGUGGCAACUACACCUGUCGUUAUAGCGAUAGAACAGGACCAACUAACUACUCGGAGCGCAGCGACCCUGUGCAGAUCAUUGUAGCAGGUGAGGGGCCCAGCCCGGCAUCUCCUGCCCCACACCCAGCUAGAUCCCCGGGGGGCUCGCACCAAUGGGCCACUCAGAGCCAGGCUCUGCCCUGA